GUGUGUCGUUGUCGCUUCGUCACACAUUGUAGAUGUUUCUGAUGCAGCAGGAAGCAACUCAAUUUUGUUUUUGCUAAAAGUUAUGGCCGUUUUACAAUUGCCAAAAUUGUGCAGAAGCAAUAAACACCUAAUAAGCUGCUGCCGGGUCUCUUGGUAUUCACACACGAAUAAAACCGCUCACGUUCAGGCGCAAGUGCUCUACUCCUCACUUGCAAGAGCUGACGAUAACAACGGCCAUGCCAAGUCAAAGAAGAUUACACCUUUCACGCCCACGCCCGGAAAUAAGUUGCUUGGCGGUGUCUUCGGCAAAAAGGCUAAAGGUCCAGCAGCUUCAAUACUACAGCAACAACAACAACGACAACAAGCUCCACUUCCUCAACAAUUACGACAAUGUCACGUUCAUAUAGGAGGCGGAGGUGAUGGAGGCAACGCCCUGGGGAAAUUGGAUGCGCCUGAGGUGACAUCGCAAGACAUGCUGAGAGCUAUGAUGGCUUAUAUAUGGCCCAAGGACGAUGCGCUAGUACGAAAGCGCGUAGGAAUUUCGUUGGGCCUCUUGGCAGGAUCGAAAUUGCUGACCGUCUGUGUGCCAUUUCUAUUCAAAGGUGCCGUCGACACCAUGACCACGCUUAAUAUGGACACAGCCCCAGAUGCAGUGCUGUCCGCAGCAACUGCCAUGUUGCUCGGCUAUGGCAUAGCUCGCGCCAGUGCCGCCGGUUUCAAUGAGCUGCGCAACGCUGUUUUCGCUAAGGUCGCACACCAUUCCAUACGAAAAAUUGCCACCAAUGUGUUUUUACAUCUGCACAAUCUGGACCUUGCAUUUCAUCUGAAUAAACAGACGGGCGCACUUUCUAAGACCAUCGAUCGCGGUUCGCGUGGCAUCAAUUUUGUUCUCUCGGCCAUGGUCUUCAACAUUGUUCCGACGAUUUUCGAGCUGGCGCUGGUCUCCAGCAUUUUGGGCAUUAAGUGCGGUCUAGCCUUCGCAGGAGUUUCAAUGGGCUGCGUUGGCGUCUAUGCGCUCUACACGCUUAGCGUGACGCAAUGGCGAACGCGUUUUCGCGUCUACAUGAAUCAGGCUGAGAAUGAGGCUGGCAACAAGGCUGUGGAUUCCUUGAUUAAUUAUGAAACAGUCAAGUAUUUUAACAACGAAAAGUACGAGGCUGGUUGCUACAACGAGGUGCUUAGAAAGUAUGAAGCGGCCAGUUUAAAGACCAGCUCCAGUCUGGCCCUCUUGAACUUCGGUCAGAAUGCGAUCUUCAGUACCGCAUUAAGUUUGAUUAUGGUCCUGGCGGCCAAGGAGAUUGCCCAGGGCAAUAUGACCGUUGGCGACUUAGUCAUGGUAAAUGGACUUUUAUUUCAGUUGUCCAUACCGUUGGGCUUCUUGGGCAGCGUUUACCGCGAGGUGCGUCAGGCAUUGCUCGAUAUGCAGGCUAUGUUUACGCUCAUGAAUGUCGACAGCCGCAUACAGUCGCCGGUGAAUGCGCAACCAUUGUUUGUGGACAACAGCAAUGCAUCGAUUGAGUUUCGUAACGUGAGCUUUGAGUACGAGCCGGGAAAACCAAUUUUCAAGGAUCUGUCCUUUAGCAUACCGGCAGGCAAAAAUGUGGCUAUUGUUGGUGGCUCGGGAUCUGGAAAAUCCUCAAUUGUGCGUCUACUAUUUCGUUUUUUUGAGCCCAAUACGGGCAAGGUGCUGAUAGGUGGACAGGAUAUAAGCAGCGUAGACUUAGAGUGCCUGCGUAAGACCAUAGCUGUGGUGCCGCAGGAUUCUGUUCUGUUCCACAACACCAUCGAGCAUAACAUACACUAUGGCAACCUUUCAAAGUCGCACACUGAGGUGGAAAAUGCGGCUCGCAUGGCUGAUUUGCAUGACUCGAUCAUGAGCUGGCCAAAUCAGUACAAUACCCAAGUCGGCGAGCGUGGCCUUAAGUUGUCGGGCGGGGAGAAGCAACGCGUAGCCAUAGCGCGCGCCAUACUAAAGAAUACGCCUAUACUGAUUUUCGACGAGGCCACCAGCAGUCUGGACUCUAUAACAGAGCACAACAUUCUUCAGGCCCUGUCGUGUGCUACCAGUGGGCGCACAAGUAUUUGCAUAGCGCACCGACUUUCUACGGUCAAAGAAGCCGAUGAGAUUCUAGUGCUUGCAAAUGGACGCGUUGGGGAGCGUGGCACACACAUGGAGUUGCUGAGACAGAACGGCCUGUAUGCACGUCUUUGGGAAACGCAGACCCAGCAGUUCGAUCCAAGUCGCCUUACCGAUGAAACACGAAAGCAGGCCGCAGAUGCUUGCUAGUCCCGUGCUUUUAGUUUCAAAUGUUGUAUAAAAUCCCCCCCGUAAAAUUUAUUGGACCAUAUUGUUUCUCUACCCACAAAAUUUUUAGUAGAGGUCACCAAAGUCAGAUGUUUUAUUAUUUAGGCAAAAAGUAAAAUUGUAAAUACAGUUAUAUAUGUAUGCA